AUGAAAGCCGCGCAAGUGAAAGCCGAGCAGCUGAGCUCCAACACCGUGGAGCCAUCGCAAGAGUCAAGAAUCACGAGCGAUUUUGGCACAAAGCAGUCAAAUACCGAUGACUGGCUCCGUGUCGCCAAUGGCGACAAGACAGGCCCCUCGCUUCUUGAGGAUGUCUUUGCCAGAGAAAAGAUCCACAGAUUCGAUCAUGAGCGCAUCCCCGAGCGUGUAGUUCAUGCUCGUGGCGCCGGAGCUUUUGGCACAUUUCGACUGUUCGAGUCUGCCGAAGAUGUAACACAUGCGGGCGUCUUGACCGACACAUCACGAGAGACUCCUUUAUUUGUCAGAUUCUCCACGGUGCUCGGAAGCAGAGGCUCAGCCGACACGGUCCGUGAUGUUCGCGGAUUCGCUGUCAAGAUGUACACUGAUGAAGGCAACUGGGACAUUGUCGGCAACAACAUCCCCGUCUUCUUCAUUCAGGACGCUAUGAAAUUCCCCGACAUUAUUCAUGCGGGAAAACCAGAACCAGACGGCGAAAUUCCCCAGGCACAGUCGGCACACAACAACUUCUGGGACUUUAUGUAUAUGCACUCGGAAGCUACGCACAUGUUCAUGUGGGCCAUGUCGGAUCGUGCCAUUCCUAGAUCCUAUCGCAUGAUGCAGGGAUUUGGUGUCAAUACAUUUACCCUGGUGAAUGCCCAAGGCAAGCGCCAUUUCGUAAAGUUUCACUUUACACCAGAGCUAGGCGUGCACUCACUUGUUUGGGACGAGGCCCUCAAAAUUGGUGGCCAGGAUCCCGACUUUCACCGAAAGGAUUUGAUGGAAGCUAUUGAGAACGGCGCAUAUCCCAAGUGGAAGUUUGGCAUCCAGACCAUUCCUGAAGGCGAAGAAGACAAGUUUGAGUUUGACGUUUUGGAUGCGACCAAGGUCUGGCCCGAGGACCUGGUGCCAAUCCGAUAUAUUGGCGAGCUCGAGCUCAACCGCAACGUCGAUGAGUAUUUCACGGAGACGGAGCAGGUUGCGUUUUGCACUAGCCACAUUGUGCCUGGCAUCGGCUUCUCUGACGACCCCCUCCUGCAAGGCCGCAACUUUUCCUACCAAGACACGCAGCUGAGCCGUCUGGGCAUCAACUGGGAAGAGCUGCCCAUCAACAAGCCCGUCUGCCCCAUGAUGAAUUUCAACCGCGACGGCGCGAUGCGCCACCGCAUCUCCAAGGGCAAGUUCAACUACUGGCCCAACCGCGGCGAGGUCCAGCCGCCGGCGGCCACGUCCGAGGGCGGCUACCACGACCACGCCCAGCAGGUCGGCGGGAUCAAGGUGCGCGGCAAGAGCAAAAAGUUCAAGGAGCACGUCUCGCAGGCGCAGCUCUUUUACAACUCGCUCGCGCCGAUUGAGCGCAAGCACCUGCAGGCGGCGCUCGCCUUUGAGCUGGACCACUGCGACGACGCCGUCGUGUACACGCGCAUGACCAAGAGGCUCGCCGAGAUUGACCCUCAGCUGGGCGAGACGGUUGCGCAAAUGGUGGGCGGCCCUGCGCCGCCGCAGCCGGCCAAGAAGAACCACGGAAAAAAGGCCUCUGGGCUGAGCCAACUCGAGUACGUGCCCAAAAACGUCACGAUUGAGUCGCGCAAGGUGGCCAUUCUCAUUGCGGAUGGCUACGACGCCACCGCCUUUGCCGCCAUGCUGGGCGCCCUCAAAGGCGCCAAGGCCAUUCCCGUCAUCAUCGGCCCGCGCCGCUCCGCCAUCUACGCCGCCGGCGAGGACCACGGCUCCAGCAAGGGCGUCGUGCCCGACCACCACUUUGAGGGCCAGCGCAGCACCCUCUUUGACGCGCUCUUCAUCCCCGGCGGCGAAAACGCCAUCAAGCAGCUCACCAGCAAAGGACGCGCGGUGCAGUACGUGCGCGAGGCGUUUGGCCACCUCAAGACCGUCGCCGCGACGGGCGAGGGCGUGCGGAUGCUGGAAAAGGCGAUUCAGCUGGACCAGGUCAGGCUCUCGGACGGCGCCGAGUCCGUCUCUAGCUACGGCGUCGUGUCCUUGCGGAAGCCGACGCCGGAGAGUCUGGGCCAGGUCGUGCAGGCGGUCAAGAAUGCAAAGACGUUUUUGGACCAGUUUGUGUAUGCGGUCAGCGAGCACAGAUGCUGGGACCGCGAGCUGGACGGGCUGAUUGAUCUUGUCGCCUACUAG